AUGUCAACCCUUGGUAAGGAAUUUGACAAUUUUAGAGACUUGUGGGGUACAAUUCCUGCCGAAAAACAAACCUUGAACUUAUUGAUCGAGAAGUUAUGCACCAUCGAAACCAGAGAAACGAAACAAAAUAUCGAGAGUGAUGGCGCUGCUUUUGUUACAAGAGGAAAUUUUAAGAAAAAGCAGAAGCAACCAGAAAAGGUAAAUAGUAAACUGGAACGUGCUAAGAUAAAAUUUCCAUGCAAUAAGUGCAAAGAACUCGGGCAUUGGGCUGCCGAAUGUCCACAGAACAAAUCCACACAAAGCAACAUGAAGCGACCUGCUUUGAUGGCGUUCUCUUUAUAUGCAACAAAAGGACAUUUUUUGAGACAUGAUCAAUGGCAUUGUGACAGUUGUACUUCAACACAUACAGACAACAAUGAAUGA